AUGUUGAAAGGAUUUUCUCAUCGUAUCUUUGUCAGCCGUGGUCAUGUUUACAUCGGCUCCGUUGAGCUCUAUGACAUCGGCUGUGCUAUUUGUAAACUAGGCUUUAUGGGCUUCCGAAUCAAGUUAACUGACGGCCAAGUUGAUUUUGCCGUUUGUACCGCGCGCCUCAUCAUCAAUCUUGAAGCAUUAGCACCACGUCUAGAUACAGUCACUGAAUAUCCCCAGUGA